AUGCGGGCCAACGAGUCCUGGGACAUCACAGGCGGCAAUCACCCCAUGUGCCGACAACUGCCCAUGUUUGGGGCACAAAGAUUUGCAGAUCUCUUCUCCUGGGCUGCCAGCCCAAUUCUUUCCCAAUAUGCCGGUGAGCGCACAGUGGACGGGAGGAAUUGUUCCUUGUGGCGCCUGCACGCCAAGAAUGCCUCCAUGAGCUUGUGUGCAAGUGGUGACAUUCCCGUGGAGCUGAACAUGAGUGUGUUCAUCAAGGGUAGCACUGGCAGCGCCAAGAACUUCAACAGUACUUAUCGCUUCUUCGGUGCGCUGACGGUCGGGAGCGAGGUGCCGGACUUUCUCUUCCAGAAGCCUUCGAUCUGUGGAAGCUUUGUCCCUCCGUGUGAAAACGGCCGAGGGCUUGAUCCGGUUGAGCUGGAUGCUUACGUCUUUCACCCGGGUUUGUCAGUUGCCGACUACAACAUCGAGGAUCAAAAUGUUGCAGAUCUGGCUGGGGACGCGCUCUUCAUUUGCAUGGACUGCUUGCAAAAUCAGUCUUCAUUCAUCGAUCACAACUACAGCUUGAUCUCCCGGUAUAUACUCCAAGUCUCUCCGGCCUUUGGGCAGUAUGCCUUGUGCAAUGGCUACCCCGACACCAAACCCCCCGGACCUUCGUGCAUCGGGGGCGAUCCUCGUUUGGUGGGGAAGGAGGCGCCCUUCUUUGCGGGCGAUGAUGAGAGCAGGUGCACUGCGACGAGUCCCAUUGGCUUUUGGUUUGGCCUGCCAAAGGGUGGCCACUGCCCCCCGGGGCAGGUGCCCGGCAAGGAUGCCUGGGCCGGUGGCUGCACUUGGUCCGUGCAGAAGCGCCUCAAGACCAUUCACCAGGCUUGCCUGCUGAAGGACCAUGGCUAUUUGAAUUAUUGCAAGGCAGACUUUCUUGAGAAGAAGGGCUUUCCCAGGAGCAUGGCCGCCCUACAGGCUGCUUUUGCGUCCGAGGACCCAACCCAAGGAGGAUGCAAGGAUGUGGGCGGACCUGAUUCCGAGCCGGAAUCCAUUGUUGUUUGA